CAGUUUGCCUGGAGAGGCAGGCCCCGCCGUGGAUAAUCCGAACCCCUCCACUUUUUUCAUGCUUGCUGGUUUUUUUUCUCUCUUCCCCCUCCUCCUAGCAACUGCUGUCCUUUUGUUUACUCACCCGUCGUCGUAUAUCCAAAUACCGCCAAAAUGAAGAUUUUCACUGAUAUCCUUUCCGGAGAUGAGCUCCUCUCCGACUCUUUCGAGCCCGUUCUCGUCGACGAGGUCAUGUGGGAGGCCGACUGUGCCAUGAUCACUGAGGGCAAGGUCGAAGUCAACACUGGUGCCAACGCUUCCGCUGAGGAGGCUGCUGAGGACCUCGACGACACUGAGGUCAAGGUCAACAACAUUGUCCACUCUUUCCGUCUCCAGAACACUUCUUUCGACAAGAAGUCCUACCAGGUUCACCUUAAGGACUACUUCAAGGCCAUCAAGGGCAAGCUGACCGAGGCUGGCAAGUCCGAGGAUGAGAUCAAGGCGUGGCAGAGCAAGGCCCAGAAGUACUUCGUUGCUAAGCUCGGUCCUAACUUCAAGGAUCUUGACUUUUACACUGGCGAGUCCAUGGACCCCGAGGCCAUGGUUGUCCUCCUUAACUACCGUGAGGACGGUGUCACUCCCUACGUCAUGGUUUGGGAUGCUGGUGUCAAGCUCCAGAAGGUUUAAAAUGUCCCUGCUACGGGUCCGCCAUAUUAUUUGGCCACCAAGUUUCCAGGAUUUCACGUAACGAUUUUGAUUCGACCACGACUGCGCUGGGAAUUGUAGAGUCAUUUAAUACAAAAGUCCUUCUACGUCUCACCACAUCUCUCAC